AUGGGGCUGGAGGAUGAGCAAAGGAUGCUAAUAGGAUCCAGAGAUCCCAAGGAGAAGGAAGAGGAGGAGGAGGAAUUAGUGGAUCCCCUAUCAGCAGCGAGAGAGCAAUGCGGGCAGCUGGAGAAAUGUGUAAAGGCUUGGGAGCGGCUAGAGCUCUGUGAUGAGCAUGUAUCCUCCAGGUCACUGACAGAGGAGGAUUGCGCAGAGGAGGUCUUUGACUUCUUGCAUGCAAGGGACCACUGCGUGGCCCACAAACUCUUUAAAGCUUGGAAUAAGUGUGCCGAUUCAUUCACCCCAGCCUUCAUCACCUGA